UGCACACACAGACAUGUACAUACAUAUACACACACACACACACACACAGAAACAUGUACACACACACAGAGACACAUGCACACACAGACACAUGUACAUACAUACACACAAAAUGUACAUGCACACACACACACAUGUACACACACACACAUACACAUGUACAGAUACACACAGACACAUGUACAUGCAUACACAGAGACACAUACAUGUACACACACACACGCAUGCUGUUAAGUGCUCUCCUCUCGCCUGAAGCCACCACUGCCUGACAUAGAGGAUCAUGUGACCAGAGUGAGCUGAAAUUAAGCGCGCACACACACAGCCCUAUAAAAAGCUGCAGUACUUCGUUGUUGACUCACAGAGCGG